AGAGCCAGUCGGCUAAGUAAAUGUAAAUCGAGCACAAGUCCGUGCGUUCACCGAGCAGCCGGAACGGAAGAAUACACGGACGGAGUCCGAAACCGGAACACGAACCAUAACCGUUGAUUUUUUUUCCUGUGUGCUAAAAGCUGUUCAGUGCCAAAUAAUAUAUGUUUAUUUUUUUCUAAAUUAAAAGGAUACACACAAUGUGCGUGUGCAGUGAAAUCAAGUGAAAAGCCAAAAAUCACCAACUAACUUAAAAUAUUGAAAAACUUAAAGAAUUGAGCGAAAAAGCGCCAGGAAAACAAGAUUGGCACGCAGUUGAACGGAAGCCAACGCUAGAGGGCGCCACUGCUGGCGUGUGUGUGUGAAGGAAUUUCCUGAAAGGACAAUAGGAAGAGAGGAGUAGGGGAGGAGAGAUAGAGAGAGAGCGAGCGCAAACAAAAGGGGAAGCCCCGUGUGCGAGCGAGAUGGACAGCUCGCCGGAUCUGUCGCUCAAAUUGCGACGCGGUUCCAGCGAUUCGCGGGAUAACUUCUACAUGGAUUUUGCCCAGGGCAUCGACUCCGAUAUCGAGGAAGUGGACAACACGGCCAACAAUCAGGAGGCCGGCGAGGUUCCACCGCCGCCGCUGCCCACAGUUUCGCUGGCCGAGGAGGUGCUGCUCCUGGUGGCGCCACCGCCGCCACCGCCCUCUUUACUGGGUCAGCCGCUGCCCACGCUAACGGAAACGGAUGAUAUUCCGCCCACUCCCACACCGCCACCACAGCAAAAAGACGAUGAGGGUGACGAUGAGGAGGAGCGGGAGGAACCCGAUCCAGAACAGGAUCAAGGAGCCCCAGCAGCCCCUUCGCCACCGGGCUCACCGAUUAAUUCAGUCCUGGAACUGGAGCUGAUACCACCACCUCCAUUAUCGCCCAUGGAGGAUGCGGGCCUUCGCACCGAUGACGAUGGCGAAGGCGAGGAAACCGAUGAUGCAGAGGAGGUGGCGGCCAUUCCGCCUCCACACGAAAUGCUGGACAUGGAAAGCAAUCCCGAGGAGGAGGAGGAAGAGGAGCAGGAGGAACAGGCUUCCCAGGAAGACACUGCCAAGGAAGAAGACGAAGAGGAGGACGACGACAAGUCCACGCCACCACCCCCACUGCCACCGCUUCCCUCAAAUUUCUCCUAUGUUCAGGGCCACAAUCUCGGCCAGGUGACCCCGCCCCUGACCAAGUCGCCAUCCAACUCCCCCUCCCCGCCUGUGACACCACCGCCCUGCCCGGAGCUCAACAUCAGCCGGAUGGUAUCGCCGCCUGCCCAGCACAUCAGCCAGAUACCACCGCUCACGCCAUCCGACGAGAGCGAGGGCGAGGCGGAGUCCCAGCCGAACUCGCCGCCACCCAGACUGGAUGCGGAGCAGCCACCACCCGAUAUGGAUCAACCGGAGCCCGAGGAUCAGCCACCUGAGCCGGAAAACGAACCCGAACCCGAGCCCGAACCCGAACCCGUAAGCGGAGCUCGGGAGGACUACAGCCGUUCGCUGGAUAACGAGGAUGAGUCCACCACUAUAACCACACCACCAAGCAACGGUUACUCUGCCUCCUCUAUCAUAGCUCCGCCGCCGGAGCACUUUGCGGAACUAGAUGAGGACAGGGGCUUUAUACCACCACCACCCUUGGAGCAGGAGCCCGAGGAGGAGGAGGAGGAAGAGGAGGAAGAGCUGACCAAGGAGACGGACGAGAUAUCCGUGGACAGGGAAUCGCUGCAGGAUCAGGGCGGCGACAGUAUCAGUUCACCUCGGCCUGCCAGCAUAUUGACUGGAUCCAUUUCCACAUCCGUUGGAGGCGGAGCAGGAGGAUCACCAAAGCCCGAGAGUCGCGGUCCAAGUCGCAGUGGCAGCCAGCGAUCGCAGCUGAGAUCGGGAUCCCAGCAGGGAUCCAUUGCCGGAUCCCGCGGUGGCUCACGCAUCGGAUCUCGCACAGGAUCCGUGGCCUCCGCCCAGGCGGCUGGCGUUCUCUCACCCCAGGCCUCGCUCAAGUCGCAGACAUCGAUUCGCUCGCAAGGACAGGCAGGCGUGCGAAGUCCUGCCGGGUCCAUCAAGUCGGGAUCGCAGCGCAUGCAGAGUCCACAGGCCGGAGAGGGAGCUCCGGCGAUGCCCUCGCCGCCGCUGAUGAGGAGUCCGCCGCCGGAGCUGGCCCGCCAGAUGCACAGUCCGCCAAGGAUCACGACGCCGCCAAGGGUCUGCAGUCCGCCGCUGGUCAGCAGCCCACCCAAGCUGGCCGAAUCCGCUGCUGCUGCCGUGGGAGUCGCUGCCGCCGUCAAGGAGCAGAUCGGCUCUAGCAGCUCCACCGCCGAACCGUUGGAGCCAUCGAAGCCAGAGCCACUGAAGCCACCAAUAGCCACCGUGAGCUACCAGGAUGAACAGAAGCCAUCACCACCAACAGCUGCUGCUGCUCCAGCGGUAACAACGGCUGCAACUACGGCGGUCACCAGCCAGCCGAGGUCGCACUUCACGAGCAGCCACCAUCACUACCACUUGCCGCACCAGUUCCAGCAUCCGCACCACCAGAACCACCACACCCACAGUGUCCGGGUGCCCACGCCCACGGUGCCCAGCAGCUAUGCCCCCCCACCGCCGCCCGACAGCGGAAGCAGCAGUUCGCCCGUCGAUCGCCGGCGUCUGUUCAUGGCGGGAGUGGCUCCUCCGAUCGCCGCCGGCGCUGGAUCCCUGAUGGCCAUGCCAGCCGAACCAGCGGUGGCCAUAUCACCGGGAAGGGUCUCAGCACGGUCAGGUUCGCAGCACCACGUGACCAUCGAUGAGUCGAGUUUGCCCAGCCACAAGGGCAACAUACAGGAGACUCCGGGUCCCAGUGGCCUGAUCAUUGGCGGAGGAGAUGGCGACGGCGAUCGGGAUAUUGGCGGUGGCGGUGGGCCGGACAGCUCGGAUCCGCCCUCCUCGCCCGGUGGCAGCAGCUCCCAGCCGGCGCUCAGCGGCAGUCAGGCGGACGGACAGCUGGCGCUGAUGUAUCACUCGCACCAGCUGACCAACUAUCCAGUGCUGCCCGCCAUCAAGCGCACGCACCGGCCAUCCUUCGUCUAUCCGCCGAUGCCGAGGGUCAAGGCCGGCGAUGCACUGGCCACUCUUUUCUCCGCACUCUACGGAAAACUAUUGGUCGUCAUGGGCAUAGCGUUUCCCAUGGCAGAGGUUAUAUCAACCUAUAUCCCACCCUCUUUCUAUGAGGUGUACUAUUUGUACUUGUACAUUGGCAGCAUGAUAUUCCUGCUCUUCAUGUACGCCACCUUGAUAUGGGGACGUCCCAAGUUACCAGUUCCGAUUGCUUCGCCGAAUAAAUCGGCAACGAAGGCGAGUGGAACGGACAGCAUGGACGAAUCGGAUACGGAUAGCAACUCUGUGCACCAUCGACUUCCGCCGCCGAUUCCUGUGAGGCGACCAUCGCUGCUCUCGCCACUUGGACGGCGGGAUGCUCACUACGGCAGCUUCUAUCUGCGCAUGGGCGCCGUGGCCUUUGGAAUUGGCAGCAUGAUCUAUUCGGGCCUGGAGUUCGGGCAGUACUUCGAGCUCAAUCCGGACACCAAGUGCCACAACGUGCUGCUGGCCCUGACCCCGGCCACCCGGAUGGCCUUCAUCUUCAUCCAGAUGUACUUCAUCUUCCUGAACAACGAGCAGAUCAAGGUGUAUCGCUACAAGAUCAUCGCUCGCUUUGGUUUAAUGCACAUGAUUGGCACGAACCUGGCCGUUUGGCUGAAUGUCCUGAUCCAAGAGACGAAGCACGAAAUAUUGACAUUCUACAAUCCGGAGAAUCGCACGCUGAGGAUUUCGCACAGGAUACCGGGACACUCCAGAGGACAUGCCAUAAUCCAGCACGAUCCGACGGCCCAUCUGCGAGUGCCGCGCGGUUUGAAGGGGCCGUACCAGAUCUUUGAGUGCCGGCGAACGAACAUCAUCGGUACAUUGGUGCAGGACGCCUCUCCAUUUCUGUUUCCCUGCACCAUCGAGUACUCGCUGAUCUGCGCGGCCAUAUUGUACGUGAUGUGGAGGAGCAUCUCCAGGCCACAGACACCGACGCCCCAGCGUCCAGAUAUGAUCAGCUCGCCGAUGAAGCGAUCGCCGCAUCACUAUUCCGUUGACUGUGCCCGUGCCCACAAGGGAUUGUUCGUGGGCAUACUCAUCUUAGUGCUGACCAUCAUAUCGCUGAUCAUCUUCUUUGUGCUUAUUUCACGGCCGGAGUUCGUGGCCAUGGCCGUAACGGAGGUGACCAUUUGCGAGCUGCUCAUCUAUGGCACGGCCACGAUAGCCACUCUGGUGGGAAUGAUUCAGAUACGUCAUCUGCAGUACGAUGCCUACAGGAGUUUCUCGCUGGAUGACAUCCUACUGGUGGGUGCGCAAACCGGCUCGUUUCUGUACAACAUAUUCACGGUCAUCGCCGGACACUUCACCCUGCGCAGCGAUGACAUGCUGGUGCCCAUCAAUGCCCUGGCCUCCAUUGUCCAGACCGCCUGUCAGACCAUGUUCAUUUUGGAUGCUAGCCGGCGGCAGGCCGUCAGUCCGGAUCAUUUGCGCAAGAAGCCCGGACGCGAGAUCGUCACCUUUAUGCUGGUCGUCAAUCUGGCCAUGUGGGCCAUCAGCACGCUGGAGAAAUCACGCGCUGAAUCGCAUCCCAUACAGCUGAACUUCUACGGCUUGUGGGCCUGGACGAUUAUCACGCAUGUGUCGAUGCCGCUGGCCAUAUUCUAUCGGUUCCAUUCGACCGUGUGCCUGUGCGAGAUCUGGAAGAGGGCCUACAAGCUGAAGCCCACGUAUAUGUGAGAAUUCGCCCGCUCGCGCAUCCAGAGCAUUGCGCAGCAGCAGCAAUUCUGCGAGGAUCUCAAGACGAACCUGUCCUACUGCUACUGCUCCACUACGCUGGCUGGCGGCGAGCUGGAGACCGUCGAGGAGGUGGAUAGCGGCGAGAGUAAUUCGGCAGAGGAUGCCGGUGCCGGAUCGGGAGGAUCAGGGGGAGCUGGCGGAGCCGCCGAAGCGGGAGAGGCCGGUGGAGAAGGGCAACAGGGCGGCGACAGCAGCUGUGGACUGAAGGCACCCAUCCGGGCACUGUCGCCGCAAUCCCUCAAUACGGAAAAGGCCUUCUGUCCGGUUUACGUGAUCAACGGCGAAUGAGUUUACGCGCACUUUGAGUUCAUCGACGCGAUCAGCGGCCAUGAGCUCAGCUUUGUCUAGGACUUGCAUCUGCUGGACACCGCAGCACAACAAACACACCACCAUACCAAUCCACCCACCAACGAAACCAAAAACCAUACAACUAGGCACCCAUCUUCGAGAACCACCACCAAGCAACAAACAACAUUUGACCAAGCGGAUGCAAGCGUUGAGAGCGAAAAACAUAUCCUAGAGAGGAAAAAAUUAGAAGGACAUGCGAGUCCUCCUUCGGGUCUCAAGCGAUGGGAAAUCAAGAAGUCGAGCACAAGCUAUGAUAAAACAAUGGGUUAAUCUUAGGAUUCGCAGCGAGGAUAAAUCAAUGUUGAAAUCACAAGCAAUGCCAGUAGGGCGUAUACGCAAUAAAUUCCCAAGCAAUUGUCACUAGUGCGUAUACGCAAUAUCUUAAAUGGUUUAGCCUCAGAACGUUCACUCACUACCAUAUUGAUAUGCAGAUUUUAGAGCAUUAAACAAAAUGUUGUAGGCGAUUUGAGAUAUUUGGGAUCUCUGGUGGCAGAAAGUGAGCGCAAUGAGUAGUAUUGUAGGCAAAACACGUAACAGUAGAUGAAUUCAUGUUUAUCCCCCCACUCACAUACAGCCGCAAAAUCUACGAAAAUAUCAAGUUUGAUAAAUGUUGAAAACGGUCGCAAUCAAGAAACUGGACAACAUUUUAUAUAUUUAUAUAUAGCAACUGACUGAGGAGGAUCAGCAAAACGGGUUGUGAACCAACCGCACUACGAGGUAUGCCGCCAAACUAACGAUCAACCAAAUAGAGAGCAGUAUACCAAAUAUGCAUAACCGAACACAGCGAGUUCUAUCAAAGAUAUUUACAAUGAUAAUUAAUCGGCGUUCCAAAGCAUAAUGGAUAUAUUUCAGCAACUACAAGUUAGAAAACGAAGGAGAAUGGAUGAAGAAAUGAGAGGAGUUGAGAAGAAUAGGGAUUGGAGAAGUCAUUAACCCCACCAGAAAUCGAGGAACCGCAAAAGUUAUUACACAACACUGUACUACAAAGUAGACGGUUCACACAGCCUAGCACCUAAGGAUAUAUACUCACAUACAUGCAUAUGUAGAAGUUAAAUCCGGUUUGCAGAAGACCCCUUUUAACGCCCCCAAAACCCCAUCCGCACCCACAUGGAUUGUUUGUUUGAGCCCCUUGUUGAGAGCCCUGAUUUUUUAGCAUAGCAUUUAACCGAAUUUGUUAACUUGACUUGAAUGCGAAUAGGUUUUUAUGUGAUACGUUUGUGCUUGUUCCCCCAUAUUGCCCGAAAAAAGCCCCCACUUCAGUAUUAUGAAAGCUCAAAGGAAACCAAAUUGUAGAUGGACAAAUCAAGAGAUUGCGAAUAAUUCCAAUAAAAUCACUUACUGUAAGACGCACAAAUCUAUUUAAGGUGGUAUAUAAAUAUGUCUGUGUUUUUUUUGUCUACCAUAAUGGUAUAAGAUACGUAUAGAUAUAGACUCCUCUCACACAUACAUACGAUGCGAUCUAUGUUUUCAAUGCCAAAGAGUUCAUUACGUUGCCUAUGUUGUAAUUGCUUUCUAGUUGAGUUCGAGUUUUUUGAAUCUACUGACUCAUCCAUUGUAUAUUCAAAGUUAUAUGAAUGCCAAAAUCGAAAUCGAAAUCAAAACCAAAAAUCUUAAGGGAAAACAAACAAACAAACAAAAAAUAUAAAUAUAUA